CUCACAAGCAACAACCCGAUCUAUCAAGUCUACUCUAUCAAGUCUACUCUAUCAAGUCUACAUUCUCCAAAGCAAUAAGACCACAAUGCUUUUCACCACCAUCGUCACUCCCCUCCUGGCGAGCGCCACCCUGGCCUCCGCCCUCUGCCACAACUCCAUCUCCUGCAUGCUCGGCGGCGACUCCACCUGCAACAACGUCUGCGUGCGCCAGGGUAACCCCCACGGUGGCCGCUGCCUCCCCCGCGACGGCUGCCCCGGCUACGACAUCUGCGCCUGCUACCCGAACAACAAGCGCAGCGACGAGUUGAUUGACGGAGACGAGCCCCUGCGCGAGGUCCUGGACAACAUGGGUAUCGAGGAUGUUGCGAAGAAGGUGGAUACCAGAGAUGCCACCUUGGAUAAGCGCAGUAUCUGCUGCAGCUUCCCUGAUCCUUGGGGAGGGCUCUGCUGUGAGGAUCACUGCAGUUACAUUGGAAAGCCUGGUGGACAAUGCUCCGACAAGAAUGUUUGCACUUGCAACUAGGUUGUUGCGUUAUUGUUGGCUGAUGAAGGAGAUGGAUGAUUCUUGCUUUUCAUUAUGGUUUGAUUCGUCAGAUUGGAGUUCUUCGCUUUCAUGUUCGCUAGAUUCAAUAGAAUGGACUUCUUAU